CGUUCCAGCGAGGAAGUGUCGUCUGUCCGAGUUCCCGCGCAAAAUUUCUUUUUCUUGUAACUAUUUCUCUUGUUCAGUGUUAUCGAACAAUCGAAUAUGAAAUUUAGAUGCAGAAUGGUGAACGUUAUCGCUAUGAGAGAUUUUACAAACGUUGUUAACAUUAUUUCUCGAUUAACACGUCAGUGCACCUUACGAUUAUCACCGAACGAAUUAUGCUUCAACGUCGGCGACGAUCGGUCGUCGAGGGUAUGGGCAGAACUGAAUCAACAGCAUUUCUUCACCGAAUACAUUAUGCACGGCGUAACCGAAGAACAGAACGAAAUUUAUUUAAAAUUCGACGCGACCAUGUUGGCCAAGUCGUUGAAUCCUUUACGAGCGAUCGCGAAAAGCGUAAAAAUCAAAUUGACGAACAAACGACAACCUUGUUUGACGUUGGAGAUCGAAUUGCCGUCGUUGAGUAUAGAAUCCCAACAAUGUUUGCACGAUGUACCGGUUAAGGUUAUACCGCGACGAGAUUGGCCGGAAUAUCAAGCACCGAAUAUACUGGAAUUCGACAUAUCGGUGAACAUGCCACAACUGAAAUACGUGAGAAGCAUCGUGGAGAGAAUGAAGAACAUGAGUCCGCGAUUGACGUUAAGCGCCGACAAGUGUGGCAUGUUCGUGCUUGAGAUCGAUGCGAACAGCGCGACGGUUUCCACGCAUUUUCAGGACCUCCAAGUGUGGAGUUGCAGCCAAAACGAAGACAUCGACAAAGUGUCGGCAACCGUGGACAUUAAAAAGUUUCAUAUGUUUCUGGCAUGGGACAUCGUGCACCCGGAUAGUGUAAAAUGUAAUAUACUUCAAGAUAAGAUGGUAAACUUGUACUUACAGUUGGCGGAUUAUCUUAAGAUACAGUAUUUCAUUCCUUCGAUAGCUACCUGAGCAAUUGUUUGUAACGGGUGUUAUUCUUAUACAAUGUACAUAUUAUAUUUUUUUUUACGCGACUCGCGCCGCGCGUUUCAUUUUUCUUAACGCAUAAAAACAAACGGUACGGUUACAAAAAAAUUGGGCGAAUUAAAA